UCCAUUAUUGGGGGCUCGGCGCAUCGUACCAGAGUCAGAGGGAGCGCGCUUGACUAAAGCACGCGCCAGGCAGUGAUGUGUCGCAGAUUUUUAAAACUCAGAAAGAUAACCUAAAAUACCGCUCAACUAUCUAAUACGUGCAUGUGAGUAAGUGAUAAAGACUCCGAUAAUAGAAAAGGGUUGUAGAGUAGGCAAAAAGCUUGUUUUAGCCGCUGCAGUGAGUUUUGGGGAUUUGGGGGGUAUUUUUCUUGGAAAGAACGAGAAACAUUUCGCGUUCCCUGUUUUGAGCGUGCGACAAGCAGCCUAGGAGCGAUGGAACUGUCAUCUAUAGGCGAACAAGUGUUUGCAGUUGAAUCAAUAACCAAGAAGAGAGUCAGAAAGGGUAAUGUGGAAUACUUAUUGAAGUGGCAGGGAUGGCCACCAAAGUACAGCACCUGGGAACCAGAGGACCACAUACUGGACCCACGCCUGGUGCUGGCUUAUGAAGAGAAGGAGAAGAAGGACCGAGCCCUGGCAUACCGCAGGAAAGGACUCAGACCACGGAGACUCGUCUUGCGGUCUUCUCUUCUCCUACAGAAUAUCUAUGCCAUGGACCUCCGUAGUGCACACAAAGUCCCAGAUACCCCUCGUCUGCGCCUCUCCCUUACCCGCUCCAUGGGCUCCGAGCUGGACCAGGGCAGUCUGCCAUACAGGGCGGGGGAGGGAGGGAGCGUCUACCCCCGCCUGGCAAGACGCAAGAACAAGCAGAGGGUGUCCAAACCUGUGUCUGACAACAAUUCCCUUCAACCACUGACCCGCAUACAGGACCCCAUGGAGCAUGAAUGGCAAGGCGCAGAGGAGAGACCGGAAUCAGAGUUAACAACAGACACACGGCAUAGUCGGUCAGAGUGCAGCUAUCCCAUGAUGGAGCAGGAGGUGGAGUCGACGCCUGACAGAGUGGAGAGUUGUGGUUCCACACUGGGCUCUGGAGAUGAGACAUUGGGGGGUGGGGCCUUGUUGAGGGUGACAGGGGCAGGGUACAGGUCAGAGGGUGGGACCUCUGAAACUGGACAGGAACAAAUGGAUAGGACUGAUCAGUCAGAGAGCUGUGUUUCUGCAGAGGGUCCAGAAGACCUUAACAUUAGCAAUAGGUUAGUGGAUAGUGACACAGAAGUGGAAUUGGGGACAGAUACCUUGAUUGACAGGGUAGAAAGGUUAGGCACAGCUAAUGCUAUUGAGAGGGUAGAGGAGUUGGGGACAGAUUAUUUUAUUGACAGGGUAGAGGAGAUGGGGACACAUAUUCUGAUUGACAGGGAUAGCACUUCAGUGGUGGAUGUUGGAGAUGAAACCGUGGCUGAUGGUUCAGUGGUCUGUACCGAUGUUGAGGUUGCAGAGGAAGUGGUGGAGAAUGACACAAAACAGCAAGGUGAAGAGGUUGUGACACAGUGUCCAGACAGUAGUGGCGCAGAAGUGAAUCCUGGCAAAGUGAUUGUGACCUAUGUGACUAUCAACUCUUUGACCGUAACUUUCAAAGAGGCCUUGGCAGCUGAAGGGUUUUUUAAGAGCUGAAGGACAGAGUUCUGAGUGAGGAUUAGAGAACAUGUGAGGUUAUACAUGAAAUGCAGCCCAUAUGUUGAAUUUACCACUUAGGAACAUGUUUAGAUAAACAACCACAAUAUAAUUUGUCAUUAAAGAUGUUUACAAAGCCUAUGAGAGUAAAUUGAUACCAAUUACUAGGGUUUUGGUGAGGUAUUGUACUUUUAGAGAAUUGGGUGGUAAUUUUCACAUUGUGUUUGGUUCUGGAAAGAUGAUUAGUAAGAGAGGAUGAGGGAGAGAGCAGUUGACUCCUGAAUGUCAUAUUUAUAACAUUACUACUUCUCCAACGUCUCUUAUUCCAGGAGGCUCAUUUCGGUUGCUCUUUUUUCUAACGCUUUUGUAUUAAGUCUGUCUUCCUCAGUAUUAACAGUAAGUUGUGCAUGUCCCGUAUGUCAUGCACACCCUUAUCCUCCAUUCGAUUUGUUAGUUUGAUUUCUAUAACAAAGAAACAGAAAGGAGAGAAGGAAUGCCUGGAGGGAUAGAAGUUUAAGCAUUUCAAGAUGAAGGCUGGCUUCGUUGAAGUAUUGUUGUUUUUCUUUAUUUUACUUCUCAAAUUAAAAGAGCCUACCUGAUUCUAGUUUUGUAUUACCAUUUGAUAGUCCACCCCUCUCGCUAAGCCUUUGUGCAUUUCUAAAGAGGGGAUAUCAGUUUACACCACUCAUUCCCAAAUGUGUUUUAGGUCUCAUUUCAGUUACUCCUUUUUCUAACGCAUUUGUAUAAAGUCGACUGUCUUCCUCAGUGUUUACAGUAAGUUAUGCAUGUCCUGUCAAUCACGCACAGCCUUGUCCUUCAUUUCAUUCAAUGUUUAUUUCUAUGACAAAAAUAGAAAGGAAAGAAGGAAUUCCUGGAAGGAUAGAAGUUCAGCAUUCCAAGAUGAAGGCUGGCUACGUUGAAGUAUUGCUUUUACUUCCAGGUAAAACAAAAAGGCAUAUUCUUGUAUUACCAAUUGAUAGUCCACCCCUCUCACUAAGCCUUUGUGCAUUUCUGAAGAGGAGAUAUCAGCUUGCACAUGUCCUACUGCAACAAUGGUGUAAACUGAAGCAAAUGUUCUCGGUUGUAUUUAUCGCAUGUCACAUGUAAAAGCUAAAUUAAAUGUCACGUGUUGAAAAAUGUAUCUUUGGUCACAAUGACAUGUCAAAUGUCUUCUCUAUACCAUAUGCCUAGAAAUAUAUAUAGUGUCAAAUCUACUUGUGCUUGAGAUUCAUAUAACCUCAACAUUUUAGCAUGGAAUAAAACAUGUUAGCAGUAACAAGUGUCCUCGCUGGUCCAUUUUAGUAGCUUUUUUGGAAAUGCAUGUGCAGCAACUUGUGCAUCCUUUUACCACCACUAGGGGUCAGUCUCCUCAGGGAACCAUGUACUUAGGUCGAUCCACCCCAACCCCCCCAAGAUAAAAAUACACUAAUUUGACUAGCUACAAGCAAAAGUAUUCAGCACAUCUUUCAUUUUCAUUUUAUUAUAUAAAAAAAAAACAGUAUUUGAGUCCACAGUUCUUUGUACAGUAAAAAAUAUUAAAUUAAA